UGGCGGCGCCCAGGCCGUGAGGCGGCAGCAGCCAUGUCGGGCCAGGGCGUGUGGCUGCGGGCGCGGGCGCGGCUGCGGCGCUUCCCGGCGCUGCUGUCGGGCUGCGGGGAGCAGGCAGCUGCCUACGGGCGGUGCGUGGCGGCGGCGGCGGCGGGGCCGGCGGAGCUGCGGCGGGACUCGUGUCUGGAGGAGUUCCGGGCGCUGCGGGACUGCUUCGCGCGGGCGGCGAAGGCGACGCCGAAGUGAGGCGGUGCCGGCCCCGGCGCCCCCCCAGCCGCGCACCGGAGACAAACCCGGCCCGG